UUUCAUUUGAUAUAAAAGCAGUGUCUAUGUUUUGAAAGAAACUACCUUUUCUUGCACCGAGAUAAGGUAAAAAGGAUGAAAGCCUGAUCUGAGCAUUUCAGGGGGGGCAAAGAGCUUACUGUAAUUAAGGCUGGGUAAUGAUCAAAUUGUAAACAAUAACAACUUGAAGUACCGGCAAGGAGAGAGAGAGAGCGAGAGAGAGAGAGCAGUAAUAUAGAUCAUGGUUCAGUUGUUACACACAAGAUAAUUAAAGAUGUAGCUUAUUGUCUACAGGAAGCUACUUUUUCGUUCUUUCUUUUUUCUUUUUCUCUUUUAUUGUUGACAGCUUCAGUGUUUCCUUCCAUUAUUGCCUCUUUUUUGUUUUUUCUUAGUAUGUCGAGUCAUAACGAUUUUGGAAACCCACUCAAAAAGUUCAAGUUGGUCUUUUUGGGCGAGCAGAGUGUUGGAAAAACGUCACUUAUCACAAGAUUCAUGUACGAUACCUUUGACAAUACAUAUCAAGCUACGAUAGGUAUCGAUUUUCUGUCAAAGACCAUGUAUCUCGAUGACCGUACGAUUCGACUUCAAUUAUGGGAUACAGCUGGGCAGGAAAGGUUUCGUUCUUUGAUCCCAAGUUAUAUUCGAGACUCUUCCGUCUGUGUUGUCGUUUAUGAUAUUACAAAUCGUGCCUCAUUUCAAAACACUUCGAAAUGGAUAGACGAUGUGAGAGCUGAAAGAGGGACAGAUGUGAUUAUUGUUUUGGUAGGAAACAAGACAGACUUGAGUGAUAAAAGACAAGUGACAGUAGAAGAAGGAGAAAAGAAAGCAAAAGAUUACAACAUUAUGUAUAUUGAAACAAGUGCAAAGGCUGGAUACAAUGUAAAUGGGGGGGAGGCCAUUUUUAAUACGUGCCCUUACUCAUUUGACGAAUUGACACCAUUCAUUCUGUUCUAUGUUAGGUGAAAGCUCUUUUUAGAAAAAUAGGGCAUGCGUUACCAGGAAUGGAGAAACAUUCAGAAGAUGAUCAAAAAGAGCAGUUGACAAAAGUGGAUUUGACAGAUGCAUCCACCAAAAAGAAAGA